AUGGCAGGAUCCGUGGUGGACAGCGCUCCCACGGUGAAACUAAAUGAUGGGCAUUUAAACAACUCCCGGGGCUCCCCAGUUCAAGCCAUGUAUUUCCCAAGACUGAUAGUUCCAUUUUGUGGGCACAUUACAGGUGGCAUGAGACCAGGCAAGAAGCUGUUGGUGGUGGGCAUCGUAGACUUCAACCCAGAGAACUUUGCUAUCAGCUUGACCUGGGGUGACUCUGAAGACCCUUCUGCCAAUGUGGCAAUUGAACUCAAAGCUGGGUUCACAGACUGGCAACGACUCAGAAAUUCUUGUAUAUCUGGGGAAAGAGGUGAAGGGCAGUCUGCGAUACCUUACUUCCCAUUCAUCCCAGACCAGCUAUUCAGGGUGGAAAUUCUUUGUGAGCACCCAUGUUUCAGAGCGUUUGUGGAUGGACACCAAUUUUUUUAUUUUUACCACCACAUUCAAAUGUUAUCUGCAGUUGACACCAUAAAGAUACAUGGGGACCUCCAGAUCGCUAAGCUUGGCUGA